ACCAGAACUUAGAAUCAAAGAGGAGAUCCGAGUGGCGGAAUGUUUACGAAGCAACACAAAAUGACACUUUUAUUAAAGCGCAGCUAACAACCUGCAUGGGUCCAGAUGCUCGGUCACAAUAUGACACAAAUAAAUAGAAAAACCAACAACUUACCGAGCAAAGCAGGUCGGUUUUAAAUGAAAUACAGAAGCGGUGUUAAUUAUCUUCUUCUUCUUCUACUACUACAGGGUGUCAGUGGCGGCUGCAAACCAACUUCAGGUGCAUUACCGCCACCUACAGGCCAAUCAGAGAAGCACUCACCUGUACGGUCAGAAGAGAAGCUGGAAACGGAAGUUCAGGUCCAGAAGAUGGAAGAUCUGGAUCUAAAAGAACCUCCAGGAUCCAUCAGUCCAUCUAUGAGGAGUGACUGGUCCAAAGAAAACAACCCAGAGUUCAGUAAUGAACCUGGACCCUCAGACAGAAAGAGGAGCUUUAAUGAGGAGGAGCUUCCAUCUUGCUGUGCUUUGGGUCAGAAUGUUCUGAUGGAUCCGGGCUGUACCAGCUGCCCCCAGUGUGGGAAACAACCCAGAACAGGAUCUGGACUGACAGCCAAUCAGAGCAGCCGUGCUCCAGAUAUUGUUGGUCUGUAUCAGCCUGAUCUUAAAGAGUCUCUGAAGAUGAAGAUCCAAAGUCUCUCUGAAGGUGCUGAACAUGGAAAUAAAACCGAUCUGAACCAGAUCUACACUGAGCUCUACAUCACAGAGGGGUCAACUAGAGAGGUCAACCAGGAACAUGAGGUCAGACAGAUUGAAACAGCAUCCAGGAAACAAGAAACAGUCAGAAGAGAAGACAUCUUUAAAGUCCCACCUGGAAGAGAUCAACCAAUCAUAACAGUGAUGACCAUGGGCGUGGCUGGCAUUGGGAAAACACUGUUAACACAGAAGUUCACUCUGGACUGGGCUGAAGGCAAAACCAACCAGAACAUUGAUUUCAUAUUUCCAUUCACCUUCAAAGAACUGAAUUUACUGAAAGAAGAAAAGUUCAGCUUAUUAGAACUGAUUCAUGAACGCUUCACUAAAACCAAAGGAAUCAGCAGCUUUGAAUCGUUCCAGGUUCUGUUCAUCUUUGAUGGUCUGGAUGAAAGUCGAUUUAGUCUGGACUUUAACAACAGGACAAUGUUGACUGACCCUGAAAAGUCGACCUCACUGGAUGUUCUGCUGACAAACCUCAUCAGGAGGAAACUGCUUCCCUCUGCUCUCCUCUGGAUAACCACACGACCUGCAGCAGCCAAUCAGAUCCCUGCUCAGUGUGUUGACAUGGUAACAGAGGUCAGAGGGUUCACUGACCCCCAGAAGGAGGAAUACUUCAGGAAGAGAUUCAGAGAUGAUGAAGAGAAGGCCAGCAGGAUCAUCUCCCACAUCCAGAAAUCCAAAAGUCUCCACAUCAUGUGUCACAUCCCCGUCUUCUGCUGGAUCACUGCUAAAGAUCUGGAGGAUGUGAUGGAGACCAGAGAGAGAGAGAAACUACCCAAGACUCUGACUGAGAUGUACAUAGAGUUCCUGCUGGUUCUACUGAAAAUGAAAAGGGAAAAGUAUGAAGGAGGACCAGAGAAUGAAUCUAUCUGGAGUCCAGAGAACAGGAAGCUGAUUGAGUCUCUAGGAAAACUGGCUUUUGAUCAGCUGCUGAAGGGAAACCUGAUCUUCUAUGACAAAGAGCUCAAACGGUGCGGCAUCAACAUCCAAGAUGCUGCGUUGUUCUCAGGAGUUUUCACUGAGAUUUUUAAAAGAGAGAGAGGGACACGCGACGUCUCCGUCUACUCCUUUGUUCAUCUGAGCAUCCAGGAGUUUCUGGCUGCAGUCUACAUGCUCCACUGCUUCACCAGCAGGAAGUCAGAGGAGAUCAAGACGUUCCUGAGAGACGAAUACAGAGAAACAUCUCUAGAUGAGUUCAUGAAGAAAGUCAUGAAGAAAUCCCUCCGCAGUCAAAAUGGCCACCUGGACCUGUUUGUCCGCUUCCUUCAUGGUCUCACUGUGGAGUCCAACCAGAGAGUCUUAGAAGAUCUGCUGGGUCAGACAGAGACCAGUCCAGAAACCAUCCAGAGAAUCAUCACCAACCUGAAGGAGAAGAACACUGAUACAAUCUCUCCUGACCCAUUUAUGAAGAGCACUAAAAUAUUCUCUUCUGGCCCGUUUAUGAAGAACACUGAUAGAAUCUCUCCUGCCAGAAGCAUCAACAUCUUCUACUGUCUGGUGGAGAUGAACGACGUCUCAUUUUAUCAGGAGAUCCAACGGCUGCUGGAUUCAGGGAAGGAGCUCUCAGAGACUAACUGUUCAGCUCUGGCCUUCAUGCUGCAGAUGUCAGAGGUUCUGGAUGAGUUGGACCUGGAGAAGUACAACACAUCAGAAUCAGGACGACUGAGACUGUUUCCAGCUGUGAGGAACUGCAGAAAGGCUCGACUUGGUGACUGUUCGCUCCGAAAGGAUGAAUGUGAAGUUUUGGCCUCGGCUCUGAAGUCCAACCCAGAUCUGACUGAACUGGAAAUAAAUCAGAUCUUCAUACUGGGAGGUGGAGACUCUGAUAUUAAGCAUCUGGUUGAGAUCCUGGAGAAUUCAGUCAGUAAAGUGAAGAUUCUGAGAUUGGAUGAUUGCAGUUUAUCAGAAACCAGCUGGACGUCUCUGUUCUCAGCUCUGAAGUCCAACCCGACCCAUCUGACAGAACUGGGCCUGUACAGAACCAACCUGGAAGGUUCUGGACUGAAGGAUCUCUGUGGUUUUCUACAGACUGAAGGCUGCAGACUGAUAACAUUGGUAUUGGAUCACUGCAGUUUAUCAGAGACCAGCUGGACGUCUCUGUUCUCAGCUCUGAAGUCCAACCCGACCCAUCUGACAGAACUGGACCUGUUCAGAACCAACCCGGAAGGUUCUGGACUGAAGGAUCUCUGUGGUUUUCUACAGACUAAAGGCUGCAGACUGAAUACAUUGAGGUUGAGGAGCUGCAGUUUGUCAAAGAUCAGCUGUGAUUAUUUGGCCUCAGCUCUGAAGUCCAACCCGACCCGUCUGACAUAUCUGAACCUGAGAGGAAACAAGCUGAAGAAAUCAGAUGUUCAGCAGCUGAAAGAUCUCGUUGAGACUGUAUGGUUCUGAUCUCUGUAAAGUAGAGAACGUCUCUGUGUCCUGCUGAUCCUCAGAGGUUGAAGGUGCAGCAGUUUGAGUCUAAAGAGACUCUGGAUCAAGAUGAUGACCUUUGACCUCAGAACAUUUUCUAUUUCAAAUGUUUUCCAGACGUCAAUCAGGAUGUUGAAGAUUUUCAGUUUUAUUUUUGGACUCUUUACUGGAUCAUCUGUAAAGAGUACAUCUGUUUGAUGAUCUGCAGGAACAAAAGAGAGAAAAAUACUCUGAGUUCAUUAGAAAAGUUAA